AUGGGGUUCGUCGAAUUUGAGGAAGAAUUGAAACACUUCCUCAUCCAACAUGGAUACGGGGAGAAAAAGGCGUACUGGUUUGCAUCCAUCGGGUCCGACUUCAAGUCGGAGUUCCGCCCAAAAAAGGGACUACGACAGUGGAUAGCAAAAUCAGACCAUUUUGAAGUAUACUUCGACGAUGGCAAGGAAGCUGUCCGACUGCGAGACGCAAACGAUGUAGCGAAAGCUGCGCAAAGACAAGGCAUGGCUACAUCAGCUACCCAAAGCAGCGAUGUGCAGGAAGCAGGACCAUGCAUAGCUGCAGCUACUCCAGCCAUGCCAAGCAGGGAAGUGCCAGAGAAUCAGAGAGAUCGGAGCCGAAGCCCACGCCGAAUUCCUAGAAUUCCUGAGUGCGAAGAUGCCCCCAAGAACGUGGAGUGCCGCUUGAAUCCUCACAAGCGAGCACUACUUGUCCGGCUGUGCCGUGAAGCGAAUGUGUCCCCAUGCCUACCUCCACUUGGUGCUAUGGAUGAUUAUGACCUACACUGGACAGAUGUUCCUGGUAACGACCUUGAUAUUUACGAGCCGGGUGAUGAGGAGGAAAGGCACGCUUUCCACCAGUCACAGCGUCGCGGAAACAGCAAGAAAAGAAAGCAAGAAGCAGAGUCUCUGCCUCCAUCCGACCGACUUCGCUGGGAGCCUCCAUCUCACACAGUAGUGAGUGAGUGGCCGGAUGGCAAAAGGUGGGGGUUUUGGAACAACCCGGAGCCUCUGAAGUGUGGCCGCCAAGAGUUGCCUUCAAAGCCUUUAGCUGAAUUACCAGUGGAUUUGGGUAGGGAGGCAAUCCAGGAGAUCCCCAAGACUGGUGCAGUCCUUUGGAUCAUAGAAGCAGAGACGGAUGCUGGGGCGUCCGCGCGUGUUCCUCGAUUCCUCCUUGAGGAAGCUUUGGAGACUGGUCGCGACUGCUGCAUUGCGAUUGGGGUUCCACAAAUUGCCGCUGCAAGGGCCUUGGCUGAUCGAGUGGCCGAGGAAGCAGGGGAGAAAGUGGGCAAUUCAGUCGGCCUCUUCACUGAUGAAGAUAAGGUACAGCCAAUGACCAGACGGUCGCUGUCCUUUGCGACCUUCGGGUCCUUGUUGCGUCGGGUACGACGCUCCAUCAAGGGAUGUUGCACGCUUGUGCUGGAUGAAGUGCAUGAAGCCAGUGUUGAGUUGGAGUUCUUGCUGCUUGCUGUCAAAGAGAUCCUUGCCUACAACAAGAAUCGAUGGACUGACAGAACGCUCAAGGUGGUGCUCAUGAGUGCAACGCCGAACAUCGUCAAACUCCGAGAGUACUUCUCUGAAGUGGUGGCAGAUGUGCGUCACUUGGAAGUGCCUCGGGGAUGCCCAGUGAAGUUGCGCUUCUUCGACAAGUGGCCGCCGGAGAUUCAAUGUGGACCCAGCUUGUGGCCCCAAGUCAACCCGCUUGCCAUUGCGAGCUUGGUCCAGCACCUCCUGCAACGUGACGGAGGACCCGGUGGCAACAUCUUGAUCUUUCUGCCGGAUCUCGCUGAGAUCGAGGAGGUGGAAAGGGAGAUCAGGAACAGCAGCUCAGGUGCUAUCCGGAUUCAGAAGUUGCACAGGUCAUCGCAGAAUCGGCUGCUACCCAUGGGUGGUGUGGCUACAGUCAUUCUGGCCACCAACAUGGCGGAGACCUCGGUCACAAUCCCCAACAUCGGCAUGGUGAUCGACCAGGGCCUCAGCAAAGAGAAGUCAGAUUUUGGGUUCAACACUGUGCCUGCAUCCCAGCAGAAUGUCAAGCGGAGGGCAUGCAGAGCAGGAAGAAAGGAGGCAGGAGAGUACUUUGCGCUGUUCAAACUGGAAGAGUAUAAUCAGCUGCCAGAAUUCCAGACACCAGAGAUUGGCCGUGUGCCUUUGCAAGAGCACUUGCUUGGAAUCCUCUGUGAUGUUCCGGAAGAGCUACCUGCCACGUACUUGAAAAAGGCAAUGAACGCACCAGAGGCAAAGAAGGUGGAGGAUGGCAUUUAUACAUUGCAACGGCUGGGUUUGGCUUCGUAUGGUGCUUGGCCUUCUCCCACACCUUUGGGACAAUGUGCCAAUAAGCUGCCGCUGGAAGUCCACUGGGCUGUGCCUAUGGUGCUGUCAGCCUUCGUGGGACUUGAGGAUCAAAUGGCUCUCAUUGUAGCACUGUUGACGCAGCAGCCCAAUUUCAAGAAGAGUGCCAGCCAGAAGGGCAAGCAGCAACUGUCAGAGUCAGCUGAUCUCUGUGAGAGUGAGCUGCUUGCCGACUUCUGCUUGUUAUUCGAGCAUGAGCGAGGAAGGAUUGAGCAUCCAAAUGACUUUGGACCCAAGACACUCCUUGAUCAGCUCGUACAGAAAGCAGAAAGGAUGAAGGAGCAUGUGAUCGGACUCUUUCCUGGCAUCGAUCAACUCCGGAGCCGGCUUCCCAUCGAAAGACGAAGCGCUCACAGCAGCUCUGUGCAGCAGCUUCGACAGUGGUGGCCAGCUUUGCGCUUGCUGCUUGCAGCUGGUCUACGUGAGAAUGUGGCAAUCCCAUCCGACACCACUGGAAAGUUCAUCACAGCAUGGAAGAAGAGCGAUGCAGCUGAAGGACAUGGCCGUCCUACAGCAUGGCAAGGGCCGAUGCUCUUCGUGGAAAUGUUCAAUUUCUGCCUGCGUGGCCUCUCUCACUGUCCCAUGGAUGACUUGGUCCUGUUUUCCCACAGGCUCCGGUGGAGCAGCGGGGCUGGAGACAAGCCCCUGACUGUAAACAGCUGGCUGAAAGUUGACGCAACGUUUGCUGAUGCAGCACUGCUGGCGGCUGGAGGAAAUGCUAUCCUUCAGCUUGCACAAAGGUGGGCAGAGGGUAAAGGCUACGGCCACAGCGAUCAACAAGCUGCAGCUCUGCUGUGGCAAGUUUGCAGCGACAGGGGCGAUUUGCCACUGACACCUUUGCACGAUCUCCCAGAGCCUGGGCCUCCGGACCGCAAGUGCAGCAUGCUGUCGACUGGAACCAAACCGUGGGCUUCGCUCCGCGAUGCGUUUCGACUGCUGUACUCAGCGUUGGUACCGUACACCCCCGACCUCUGGGAUGAGGCGAUGAGAGCCCUGCAAGAGGCUUGGCCACAGUGCCGAAGCUGCCGCGAAGAUCUGGAAGCUUUUGAGCAAUUCCUCCCGGACUACCUUCCGCCCUCAUCAGACUCAUUGGGCUCCCCGAGCCUAGGUUCCUGGGUGGACUUGAAUAAGCUUGCCACUCUACUGGCAAAGCAGCUUGAACCGCCUCGAAAAAACCAACAAGUUCCUGUUUGUGAAAUCAAGUUCACGCAGGAAUCUGCAAGCUGCUACAUUGCCCACGGCAAGCACAAGGGCUUGUUGGUCAGCGAUGUGGCACGCAUGGCGAGCGACGGUCACAUCGCAUGGGACGCCCCAGAACUGAGGCUUGACGUUGUUUGGUGGCAUGGCUGCUUCAGGUCAUUGAACAACAGGCACCUUGCUGUUCUGAAGCAGGCAGGGGCUGAGAAGUGCCUUGUCAGGGAAUGGCCACUGACACCAGGUUUGUUCUUGCCUGGCUCAAAUCGAAGCGUGCUACAAAAAUUUCUCGAGGUACAGACCUCGAGAGUGGGUGGCUGCACAAUACAGCUCAAAGAUCGUUCCCGCUGCAGCCCGUAG